GGUCUAUGGUUUCGACCUGCCUAGUGCCUCCUGCAUUUCAUGAGAUCCUAAUACAAAUCUGAAGUUUUCAUCCGAAUGGGAAUUUCCGCCAAUCUCCUAGCCUUAGAUCAUACAGCCUAGCAACUACAAUUCCUACAACACCGUACUACCGUAGUUGUACUAACCACACUUUUUUCAAACAAUAAGGGAGUAAGAUUCAAGAUUAGAAACAUGAAUUUGACCAAGUUAGGAUUGAAGAUUAGAUGUAUUUCAAGCAGAAGAUUUUUUGGCACUCGUAGAAGAAAAUAUCCAGUAGAUCCAGAAGAGGCAAAUAAACUACCUGUUUUUCAAUAUAACGUGAGCAAGAAAGGUUAUAGAAGAGUAUUUACGUGGGGAAAUAUAUAUACUGGAGCACUAGGCAUACCAUAUAUGAAAUCAUCUGAUGAUCUUGAGAAACAAGAUUGUUUGAAAUAUCCUAAAAGGGUAAGAAUAGGAGAAACAUUUGAAGUUACAACAGCAGCUUGUGGUUUUGGUUUCUCAAUUUUUGCAGUGAAAAGUGAGACAGAUGAAAAGCUCUAUGGUACAGGUAUAAACACUGAUUCACAGAUUGGUUACCAUGAGGUACGGCAAGGAAAACCCCUGGAAAUUCUUUUUCAACCCAAACCAAUACACUUACCUUUCAAAAAUCCUAGGGAAUCAAAGGUUAUCAAAGUAUCUGCAGGAAGAGCACAUACAGCCAUUCUUACCAAUGAAGGAAUAUUUCUUCUAGGAAAUAAUGCUUAUGGGCAAUGUGGAAGGAGUAUUAUAUCAGAUGAGAAUUAUAUCAUGAGUAAUUAUGUAAACCACAUUGAGAAAAUCAAUGGCAAAACUAUAAUAGAUAUUGAAUGUGGACAAGAUCAUAGUUUAGCACUUACAGAAGAUGGUGCUGUGUUUUCUUGUGGCUGGGGUGCUGAUGGUCAGACAGGACUUGGCCACUUUGACAACUGGGCAGAAUUCUCCAGAGUAAAGGGAGAUAUAGAAUCAGAAAAAAUCACUGAGCUCACUUGUCGUUCUGAUUUUGUAUUGGCUUUGAAUGAGAAAGGUGAGGUAUUUGGAUGGGGCAACACUGAAUAUAGCCAAAUGACUGAAGCAAAUGAAGAUCAACAAAUUUCAACACCAAGACACAUAAAAAUGUUGGACCAAUUAGGGAAAAUCAAGAGUAUAGCAACUGCAGGCUCAUUCUGCAUAGUAGUCAAUGAUGAUGGUAAUGUAUUUUCUUGGGGUUAUGGAUUAUUGGGUGCUGGUCCUGAGGCACAACAAUCCAAAGUACCCAUUCACAUUCCCUCUACCCUCUUUGGUAAAAAUCACUUCCAGGUAGAUAGCAAAGUGGUUAAGGUAAAAUGUGGAUUGUAUAAUGCUGCUGCCAUCACAAAUUUUGGAGACUUGUACAUGUGGGGACGAAAUAAGUAUGGAUGUCUUGGAUUAGGGAAUGAGAAGGACCACGAUGAGGAUAUGAAAGAGUUGUUAGAACUUAUUGAAGUUCCAAAGACUAAUGCAUAUUUUGAGGAAGUGGUGCCACAGUUUAGCGAUGAACAAUACAUAGAGCAUUUUCUAUUAACUCGAGAAAUGACCGAAGAGUUGGCAAAUCGAUAUGCUAAUUCUGAUUAUUAUAAAUGGCAGGAAGGAGAUUCAGAGAAGGUUACUCCACGUCACUCCAUGUUAGGAGACUUGCCACUUGUCUAA